AUCAAAUGGAUGACAAGAAUCUCCGUAAGCGAAGCUACCCCGAAAUACAAGCCAAAGACUUCUUUUUCCAUAGAAAAAUAGCUGGUCAUAAUCUAAAGGUAUAGUAGUUUUUGAAUGUUUGGUUAGUAGUAUAUAAGCCCUAGACAGAUAGGUUUGAUCUUAUAAACCCUCGCCACCAUUACCAAAAACCAAUAAGCCAAGAGCUUUUCUCAUUUUUCUUCUUGAAACCCAUGGCUCGAUUUUCCUUCUUGAAUGUUGUAAAGGAUGUUGUGGCUAUUCUAAAUGAAUCCCGCAAACUGUUUCUCAAGAACAAAAAGUUGAUGUUCUCAGUCUUGGUAUUCCCUCUCUUACUCAAUUGUUUAGUUUACUUCUUGAACAUCUUUGUCAUCGUACCGGAGAUCACAAACUUGAUCCUUGAAGCAAGUUUGUUGCCUUCGACAGAUCCAACCUCCCCGGAAUACGCAGCCCGCCUUAUGAGAGUCUUUACAGAUUUUCGCCAAUUUGUGGGUUCUUCAUACAUUUUCGCGGCUGUCUCCUCCAUCAUCAACCUCUUUUCUGUUCUAGUCAUCGUCCACGCAUCGGCUAUUACUCUUAAAGAUGAAAACUUCAAUAUCAAAGAUUUUCCUGUUCUGAGCCUUAAAUCUUGGAAGGGACCUCUUGUGACAUAUUUCUACAUUGCUCUUUUCAGUCUUGGCUUUGGCUUCCUCUUCUUUAUAAUCCUUUGUCCUAUCCUUUUGUUCUCUAUAAAAUCCGGUUCCGUGGAAAAUAUCGGUUUCUUGGCGGUCGAGGCUGGUGUUUUAUUGAUUAUAUUCACCGUCUCUCAGUCCUAUUUUGCUAUCUAUUGGAACUUAUCUAUGGUCAUAUCGAUACUAGAGGAAAGUUAUGGGUUCCAAGCUUUGGGGAAAGCAGCAAAGAUUGUUAAAGGGAUGAAGACAAAACUGUUUCUCUUGAAUCUUUUCUUUGGUUUAUUGGCAUCCGGAUUAGCUCAAAUCUUGCAGCUGAUCAAUAUGGGAAGAUCGUUAGCGGUUACCUUAACCACAGGUUUUGUCCUUGUGUGUUUGGUCUUUGCGGUGAGGAUGUUUCAGCUUGUGACUUACACCGUUGCAUAUUUCCAAUGUAAAAGCCUCCAAGGCAGAGACGUUGAGUCGCUCAGGGAUGUGGAAUAUAUGGCAUUGUCUUCCACUACUCUCACGGAAUGAUUGCCUUGAUAUUUCAAGAGAAGGGCAUAUAUGAUAUGAUAUUUAAUCUGUGGAUUGUUUGUUUGUUUGAGAAUAUUGUUGAACUUCACCAUGGAUUUGGUAAAGUAUUUUGAAUAAUCAAAGGUUUUGUUACAUAUAUGUUUUGUUAAUUGUUUUAAGGUUUGGUUGAAUAUAUUUGGUUUUAUAUAUAGACAUGAUAGUUUUGCUUCUCUUUUUCUGUAAAAUGCCGCAUAUGACUUGAGUAUCCAUUUCGAUCAAAAUGAGAAACACUAAACUACACAUUGGUAUCUUUUAUUUAUUUAAAGUAGUAUAAAAUGCAAAUAAUAUGCAUUUCAGGCCAUAUGCAGUAAAACGCAUUGUUGGUCACUGUCAGAUUUGGAACCAGAGAUCCGCAAUCCGGAAGAACCAUCCACGGCAGAUAUUAAAAGUCAACGGCCAUCUACAUCACGUCUCUGAAAGAAAGCAGGGACGUUAGGCUUCCUCGUGAGCCGAACUAAACAAGAAAAGUCACCGUACCAGUGGGCUCGGACGAUCACCUUCCUAGAACCAGUCCAUCCCCUGCCCAAAGAGGGAGUCAAACCUAACGUUGCAACAAUAAAGACAAAAUUAAAACAAACAAAUUAAUGCAUAAUUAAAGCAAUAAUUGCCAUUAAUUCCUAAGAUCUCCUAAGAACUUUGUAUAUAUAAGAGAAGAGUGGAAAUAUUUAGAGCAUAAAAUAUUGACUACUUGACUAUACUAUUCAUAUUAUUUGUGUAAUUACUAUAUGUGUGCUAG